UUAAGAUGGAUACAUCGACAGUUUUUCAAUCCAGUUUCUCGAUACGUUCGCUGCUGGCGGAUGACAACAUCAACAACAACAGCAAGCAGCAGCAACAACAACAAAGUGAAAAGUCACCUGAAUAUUCUCGCAGUGUCAGCUCGAGUCCUGCCUCAUCCUCCUCCGCCUCCUCCUCCUCCUCGGAUGAUGCAACGCCAACAAACUCUCAAUCAAAAUCAAAUGAGAAGCCAGCUUUCACAUACAGCGCAUUGAUUGUGAUGGCCAUAAGACGAAGUCCCGAGCAGCGUUUGACAUUGAGCGGCAUUUGCAAAUGGAUUGCCGAUAAUUUUGCCUACUAUCAGAAUCACAAAAGCGUUUGGCAGAAUUCCAUACGCCACAAUCUCAGUUUGAAUCCGUGUUUUGUGCGUGUGCCGCGUGCUUUGGAUGAUCCAGGACGUGGUCACUAUUGGGCAUUGGAUCCGUAUGCCGAUGAUUUGACCAUUGGCGAGACGACGGGACGUUUGCGACGCACCAACAACCACAGCAACCACAAC